GCUAGCUAACAGGAGAUAGUGAUGGAAAUGGAAAUGGGGAUGGACUUUCUUUGGCCUCACCACCAUCAACACCCUCCUCCUCCUCUUCCUCCUUCCUCACAAGUACCAGAUGCCUUCUCCUACUACUUCUAUUACCCUCCGUUCGCCGCGGCCGCGGCCGCCACGACGGACAACCCAACGCCUCCGGCAGUUUCAAGGUCAAGGGCGUCAAGAUCGAGGGCGGUGGUGAGGAAAGACAGGCAUAGCAAGAUAUGCACGGCGGGGGGGAUGAGGGACCGGCGGAUGCGGCUGUCCCUGGACGUGGCCCGCCGCUUCUUCGCCCUCCAGGACAAGCUGGGCUUCGACAAGGCCAGCAAGACGGUGCAGUGGCUCCUCGACAGGUCGACGGCCGGCAUCAACCACCUCGCCGCCUCCAUGUCCUUGUCGGAGGAGGACGGGUCGGUGCUCCUGGACCAGGACAACAACGACCACGCCAUGGCCAUGGCGGCCGAUGCUGAAACAAACAAGCAGCAGGAGCAGAUGCCGAAGGCUAGGAGAAGUCCAGCUCCUGCUGCUCCAAGGAAGAAGAGCAAAAAUGGCGGCGCCCCUGUUCUCCUCCCCGACAAAAAGGCGUCCAGGGCGAGGGCGAGGCAGCGGGCCAGAGAGAGAACCGAGAGGAACCGCCUCCGGUCGGAAGCUCCGGCUCCGGCUCCGGCGCCAGCGGGGCAGCCAGUGGUUCCGGCAGCAGCCUGCAGCAACAACUACUACGAGGAUGGGGAGCAAGAGCCAUGGGAACUGGGAGGAGUUGUCUUUGCCAAACCACGCAUCCAGUACUGAUCAUCCAGUCGAAUAAAGGCCAUCCAAAUCGGUACUUGCAGAGGCUCCUCUAUCUUCGAUUCGUACGUAGUACGUGUGUUUCCAUUAACUGAUUGCUUUUCUAUCUCGAUCUUGCCUCUUUUUUUUUCUUUCUCUGCAACAACUUCAUCCAUCCAUCAGUGAUGAAUGGAUGGAUUAAUCUAUUUGCUUGCUUUGUAGUACAUCUUGCGCUGUUUAUGGAUUAUAUUUCUGAAUGAUCAUCGAGUGCUUUAAUUUGUUGAUGUGACUUACUAGUUUGUAACCAUGACAAGAAUAUAACUUGCAACCCUUCUCUAUAUGUGUAGAAAGAUGAGAGAUGAAAUAUUGUUUGAGCUACCAUGCUAGAGUUUAAAGAUACAACGUCACUUCACCCGCCUUAAUUCUUAAUCUUUGGUGGAAAAGGAAACUUUGUGUUUUUGAAACAAGUUGAAAAUGGAAGAUGUAUAUAUUACCCUCCAGCAUCUGUAUCGUUGAUGCAUGCGUAUAUGUCAUAUCUUUAUUAUGGACCAAACCCAAAAUAGCUACUCGGUUUUCUUAGUUUCUUUCGCAACACAUAAUUACAUGAUAAUAAUUUCAUGGUUUACCUUAGUUCCUUAGAUAUAUGUGUGUCCACACUUGUUCAUCACCAGCAACUAAUGUUACAAAUUUUGUCUGGUUGUUAUAUCAGUUGAUACUCUUUAGUCCCAAUGAUAUUUGAAACAAUAUUUUUAUGUUCAAUCAAGAAACAUGCAAAUAUUAGAUAACGAAGCAGCAUGUAUAUAACAUUUAUAUCGCAUGAAAAAUAUCCAGCACCUAACUUAAUUAAGCUUAGUUAGAUGUAUACAAUUUUGAUGACAUGAAAAUGUUCAGCACCAGAAUUUUACAUCACAAAAUAAAUCAUACUGAUACACAUUUAACCAAAAUGCAACAGCAAGAUUCCAUUAAUUAAGGAAUUUAGUAUCAUGCAAGUUUCUCUUAUUACAUCAUCGAGAAAUACAUAAUAUGUUGUGUCCUUCUCAAACGAUACUAUAUGUUUGCUAGAAACAUUUAUUAAUAGUACUAUUCGAUAGCUCUGUUUGCAGUACCACAGCAGAUAGGCGCCAUUAAUACAUGUGGACAACACAUAUGCAUCCAAACAGGGGCUAUAAGACCAAAAGCAGUAGUAAGAUAGAUCAUUGCACACACUACUAUACUGUUAAGCAAAAACAAAAUCUAUUAUUUGCAUCAUGUAACUGAUUGGGAAGUACGAGCAGCCGACAGAACUAGUACCGAGGACAGGCGACAACGACACAACACUAGCUUAAAGUGUCCAUGUUGCUGGCAGAUCAGUUUGUCAUCCACGUACAUGCACUACUAUGGAUUUUGGUUUCAUGUAUGCAAACCAUCAACCCUAUCCAUGCAUGCAUGCACUCAUCAGUAGUACCAAUCACACACAUCAGGAGAAAAGUUGACAAGCCAUAAUGUAUCAGAAGAAUCAAGUAAAUAAUAAUAUACAGUACUAAUUAAUUAACUAGUUCAUCCAAUGUAAGGUAGUAAUUAAUACGAUAUCCUCAGAUCCUUCCAGUUUUCGCCAGAUUCUGCAUAAAAUUAUCAGUCAAUAAUAAUUCUAGAGUAAACAUCUAUAGCGGACCUCUUUAAUUAUUAUCUAAUUGAAUGACACAUGGAUUAAACUGUGACUUAUAUUAACUUGUAUAAUUUUUGUAUGGAGGCAUGCAUGCAUAUCACUUCCCAGAAACAUAAUAAGUACUCAAGUAGUACCACAGAGCCUAGUACAUAAUCUUAACCUCUGAUCUUACAGGCAUGACAAAGUACUAAUGAGGUAUCUGCACCAAGGAAAUGUGCUGAUUGAAUAAAUUAUCAGUUAGGCUCUACGUGAAAGCUAUUUUCAGAAAUUUCAGAAAACGGCACUUUAAUUGGUUGUGUAAUAGAAAGGCACUAACCCAUUGGAUAAUAAUGACAUGUGAUUUAUAACUGUGUGAUCUUUCUUGAGAGUAGAAUCACCACACGCACAGUACAUAUAUAUGAUUCAGAGUGUGUCUGCCAGACUGAAUUACACAAUGUUGUAGGAACUAGCAUUGCAUGCAGAUCAAGAAUUUCUAUCUUUUUUCUAGCUGAAUCAAAUAGCAUGUUUCCUUUUAUAAAUAUAGUUACCUCCUCUGUUUUUGUAUACAAGGCCAUUAUCAAAAAUACAAUUUGCAUCUAUACAAGGCCACUAUCUCUUCCCGAGAAGACUUGCUUAACUAGCCUGCAGGAACACGUGAGUUUUUUCACACAAUUAUCAAAAACAUAGGGAGAACCAUUAUCCACCCCCCCCCCCCCCCCCCCCCACCAAGAGGAAGUAUGACCACAUAUAUCUGUACCAUAGUAUAUUUGUUAGGGAUGCAAAUUUGGCACCUCCAGGGUACCCUCCGACCCUACUUAGUUCAACUGAAUGAACUAAAUUAGGAAAAAUUAGUUUAUUUGGUUGAACUAAGAAGGGUCAGAAGGUACCCUUUAGGUUCCCAAUUUGCAUUCCGAAAAUGGUGGCGCUACUUGCCUCAUAAUUCUUUCUACAAACCAUGUGUCUUUUUUCAUCAGAAUAAAAUGAAUAAAUCUUGUCACAACGUUAGUCACUACCUUUUCCAAACCUUCACAUACAACUCUUGCAGGCCUUCAUUGCACCAGUCAUGACGCAUGUCUCUUCCAGAAGAUAAUUCAGUGAAGGACAUGCCUCUUGAUUGUUAAAGUGAUUAUUUUUCCACGCAUA